AUGAUACCUUUAAUAACUGUAUGUUUAAUAUUUGCAGGAAGUGUGAAUGCUAAGUUUUAUAACAUUCAUUUAUACAGUGAAAAUUUUGACUUAAAAAAGUUACAAGAUGAGAUCGAAGAGCAACAUGAACACUUUAUACCAUUUAAUUCGACAAUGAAUCAAAUUCAUAUUGACCUUUAUUCUACAAAAUUUCUUGAUAUGGUAGAAGAUCAAAUCAUUACAAAAACUGCACAACUAUUAACGUAUGAGGGAGAAUGUGAAGUUAUAUCAACAAAGAUUCAAAGUGUUGGAGGUAAAGUAUGGUUACAGUUAAGUCCAAAUGAAUGUUUAAGACAAUUAAGUAGUAAAAUAGUUCAUGGACUUUCAUUUUAUAGAGAUCCAUAUCAUAAAAGUAAUGAUUGUUUAGAAAAAUCAAAUGAAUUGUGUAAUGAAUAUGGUGAGCCUGAUGUAUUAUCAAGUUAUUAUCCAAAAAUUUUAUUAGGAUUUGAUCAAGACUAUUACUCUCAUUCAUUUAUUCAAUUAUUUAAUAAUUUUAAUAUUGUUAGAAUUGCUUAUUCAAAUGAAGAUCGUAUUGUUCAACCUAAUGAUGUAUUAAUGAAUAUUGUUUUAAGAAAGCGACUAAGCAAAUAUUAA